CGAGCCAAGGUCUUCUUGGGCAAACGCCCCACGUGGACCAGUUUAAAAAGGAUGGUGUGACUGACGUCACAGCGGCCGCGGCAUUUUGACCCUCGCUCAUUCGCAUCGGACUUCGGAACGAGCAGCGAAUUCAUGGGGGUCUCUUCUUUCGCCAACGAAAGCGAGAGAGGAAGAGAGAGGGAGAAAGCGAAAGACAGAAAGGGCGGACGGAGAGAGGAACGGUCCUAUAAUAUACACAGAUCCCGCUCAACCUGCUCCACACCGAAAGAAACACUGUAAUCACGGCGGAGCAGUGUCCAUCUCCCGGGUAAUCGUCCCACACAUCCCGGCGCGCGCCAUGAAUCUGCACCUGACGGCGCGCGUGUUAUUUUUAUGCGCCGCUCUGUCAUCUCUCGUCGGUUUCACCAGCGCAGUGGCCGGUGUAGAGACGACAACGACGACGACGACGACGACUGCACCGUCGCCUACAAAGAGGCUCGAGGCCGAUUUCGCUGCAGUGACCAAGGUGCUUGCCUCCAAGUUUCUGCCCAGCGUGUCGGACCUGGUCACAAGCCCGGACCUGAGCGUUGCCUGUUCAGCGAGUGUCGUGAAGCUCCUGCUCGGAUUAAAGAACAAGGAUGCCUGGGCUAUGAAAAUGCUCCUCUCCAACGGGUUCCUCCCCAGCAACAUCUUCGAGGGCGGCCAGGUGAACAUCGGUUCGUACGAGCAAUGCCUCCACACUAGGCUGGUCAACAGCGAAGGCCGGAAGACGACGCAGGGGCAAUAUUGUUCACUGCACGUCAGAAUGCCCGUCGACCUCAUGGGCUCGCUUGUCGACAGUUUCCACAAGAUUGGGGAGCUCCUAGGGCGUAAAAACCCGCUUACGCGGACCACGCACAACAAAUUCGCCAGCACGGACUACCGCAUCGGGAUCUGCACCCCUUCGACGUGCACCGCCGAGGACCUGCAAGUGUUGGCCACAAAAAUGCUCGGCCAGUAUGGGAUAAACUCCACCGUCAGAAGCUGUCGUACGGACGCUCCUAAGGCCAUCACUAAACUUCAAGCAGCAUCCAUGGCAGUGCUAGGAGGUCUUGCACUCACGGUUAUUGUGGCGACGCUUGCGGAAUGGAUAAUGGAAGCACGCGGUGCAUGCAACGCCAAGCCGAAGGACGGCACGAUGCUUGGAACGCUGCUGUACUUCUCUGCUAUAAGCAAUACACGCUACCUGCUGCGCACCGAGAACACGGACAAGAACCGGCCUCUUCUCUUCCUCGGCGGCUUCAAGGUGCUGCUCAUCCUGUGGGUCAUAUACGGACACGCCUACAUAAUGGUGCAACUCGAAUUCUCCGGCAACUUGUUCAAUAUAGAAAACAUCAGCAGGAAGGUUGUCUCGCAGAUAAUCCCGAACGGAUUCCUCAGCGUUUCCACGUUUCUAUAUCUAAGUGGCUUCGCGUUAACGUUUUCACUACUUGGCUUUCGGCAAGGUUUGUACAAGCAGAACCUGCUCAUCGUUUUCCUCAUUGGUUGCUGCAAGCGUUAUAUCAGGUUGACAAUACCAAUCAUUGGAGUCAUCUUGUGCACAUUUUUGCUACCACUACUAGUCGAUGGUCCAGCGGAUCAAGAUUUCGUGGCGAGUGAAGUGCAGGGCUGCAUUUCAAAAUGGUGGACCGUGUUCCUGCACUUUAACAACUUCAACUCAAUGAAUGACAUGUGCCUGCAACAUCUGUGGUACGUGAGUGCCGACAUGCAGCUUUUCCUUUUUGUGGCACUUCCGCUGACUCUCAUAUUCGUCAGGCACCCCAAAAUCGGUCUGGUGCUGUCUGCUGCGCUCGCCAUUGCUUUCACUGUGAUGACCGCGUAUCAGAUUUACCACUGGAAUGUCACAUACUCCAUGACCGUGGCGACAAACGACCAAAGAAAAGUAUACCGUUCUCUAGAGUUAAUCUAUUAUAAGCCUUUUACGCACGUUGGUACGUACGUAGUGGGCCUCGUAGCGGGAUACCUUGCACUGGAAUACAGAAACAAGCCCAUUCACAAGGUGAUCCAGACAGUACAGUGGUUGUUGUCCAUAGGGCUGGCGUGCUUCGUGAUGUUUGUGACGGUGUACUGGAACCAAGGCAAUGUACCAAACAAGGCAGCAAAUGCCCUCUACGGCGGAUGCCAUCGGCUCCUUUGGGCGCUGUCGCUUGCUUGGCCAUCGUUUGCCUGCGCUACAGGCAGAGGAGGCGUCUUGGAAGGUUUCUUGUCAUGGAAAGCCCUGAGGCCUUUGUCACGACUCACAUACUGCAUAUAUCUUGUCCACUUGUUGUUCUUCCUAAUUCGCAUGGGGAACAUGAAAACAAAUUUUGAACUUGACGAAUACAUGCAGCUAAUGAUGUCACUGGGAAUAUUCUGCUACAGCGCAUUUUUCGGCUACCUGCUGUAUUUGUGCUUCGAAGCACCAGCCUUCCACUUGCAGAGGAUUUUAUUCAAGAUGCCUACUAGCUCAAAACCAUCGCAAAGAAAGAGCGACGACCUCUCUACUACGGAAGUCGAUAUCGAGAAAGCCAGCUCCGAGAGCAGCAACAACAAUCACGGCAACUGCAAAAAGAAAAGUGCCAUUGAUAACGCCGGAUUUCUACCAGAUGCUGAGAAGUCACAUUUGUAGUUUUAUCUCUGUCGGAUGUGUGGCUACAGGCGCCCUUUUGCGUACUAGAGCAUUCCCCCUUCCAUUUGACUUCGUGUGCAAGGUGCGCUGAUGAAGCACACCUGUUGUAAGUGUUGCCUGUACAUUUGUUUGUGCAGGUCGCGGGAAACUAGAUUUGUUAAGUUAGGAAUAAGGAGGCCUCUGUGUUGUGUUACCGAAUGAUGACAUGCGUAAUAGUACAAUCACUGGUUUUGCAUCGUUGCAGAACACCCUUUUCCCCAUCGUUAGAAAAAUAUUGGGGGCGUGUGUGUGUUGUGAGUCGUUGGUUAUGCCAGGAAAUAUGCGAAUUUGUUUCGUUGUUGUUGGUUGAGGUUACGGGGACACGUAUUAUAGGGAUUUCCGACAAGCAGUUGUAAAAUAUUUUGUAUAUUAUUUUCUGACCUAAAUACCUUGAAAAGGAUACAUCUACAUGAGUGAGUGAGAGAAACAACUUUAUUUGGUCCACAAUAGACGCGAGCAAACUCGUCACCUGGCUAGGCCCACUCGGGGACCAUCAGGUGAAACCUGACGGCCCUCUCGCGAGCCCUCUGGACUGCCAGGAUUUGAGAGGUCUGGUCCUGGGCCCAAAUGAGCUUCAUAAUUUCCUCUUGGGUGAAAGGGGGACCGGCACAGGCGCAGCCCCACUACAUGAGGAAAAGUACACUGCGAUGGAAUACUUUCAAAAAAGAAUGCAUGAUGACAAACACUGGUAACUCUGUGUUGUUGCAGUACAAGUCGCAUGCUACCAAUGACCAACAUGUAUUGGUAGAUUACAUCAUGUUUAGCAUCUUAUAUCAUGUUCAGCAUCUCACAUCAUGUUUAGCAGCGAGAGUAUUACUUUAGCGAUCAAGAGGAACGCAUUUCGCACAUGUGGCAACUCAUAGGGUCGCUGCGAGAAUGGCUCUCUGCGAGUGCUUCCUCCCUUUGUAAGCAUCACCAGAAGAUUGUUUCAUAGGGACUGGGCGCAAGUAUCUCUCUAUGGCUUACACCCAAUGGUAAUUUGAGAAUGAUUUCAUUUUAUGGAGAGCAUUGAGAAAUGGCUGUAGUUUUUUUUUUAUCCUGGUCAUACCUUUCUCUCUCUCGAGACGUUCUUGCAGGAAGGUGAAACAAUCGAUAUUUAAGGUUGUACGCAGAGUUCUGUUUAGUGCCAUUUUCUUCAUAACAAGCAGCACAGUUUCAUAACAUAAUCAACGCGGCUAUGUCACCUUCCUAUGCCGUUGCACACAAUCACCGAUAGGAUCAAACACGUAGUUUUUUUUUCUUCUUUCGUUAUUCCGUGUCAUGUCUGCAAAUGAUUUCACGACUGAAAUACAACAAAACUAGAAAAAUACCAGACUACUUGAGUUCACGAUUUCAGGUGGAAUUAAAAUUUAUUAUACUAGACGGUAUAAGCAAUGUAACAAGCCACAAUCGCUGAACCAAUUGUAUAAGGAUAUGUGUGGCGUCGGUGUUUCAGUUUCGGCGAGAGCUUGGGGUUUUCGGUGCCAAUAGACCACAAGAAGAAAUUUGCAUGAUUCUCUGUGACGCACCACACCCUAAAAGAAAUGGCUAACUUAAUAACUAGUGACAAUCAGUCACUAAAACACUGCAUUUCAUUCUCAUCGGUUUCCUGCUUUUUCAUCAAGUUGACAAAGGAAAUACAUGGCCUAGUCAUGAGGCGUAUGCCUCUUUUAGCCUUUCAUGUUUUUUAUUGUACACUGAAGGUUUCAGCAAUAAAUAUUUUUUUCGAAUA